CCUAUUUCACAUGGACGGGUACUCUUCUAUGGUAGGCCAAGCAUUAAUUCGUAAUAAUAUAGUGUUUGUUGAUUCGCUGACCUUUCAAAUAUUACUCUACAUUUAUUUAAUAUUUUACUCAGCAUUGUACUUAAUUAUGGAAUUAAAUAUGGAUAAAUAGCAGAAAACCUGAUGUUAAGAUUGUUAAAAAUGAUAAGUAAAAAGGAUGUUUUGGAGGUUAAGCUUAUAUUUGCUGCUGUAUAUAAUUAUCAAUGGUUUUGAAGCAUUCAAUUCAUGUACUGGAACGAUUACAUUUUGUAUCCAGAAUGGUUACAACUGUUAUUUGUCAUGUAAACAAGAGAGAAAUGUAACAUUGGUGAAAGAAGAUGGCUGUUCAAGUCCAAAUGUGCUGUACACAAACACUACUGGCAAUUUAGUCCAGAUUAAUGCUAGUACAUCGGAAGAAGCAGUUUAUUCUUGCUGUAAAAAUAAAAAUUGGUUAUGUUCCAGUACUGUUAUUGUAUUUCAUGAAGUUAAAGAUGUAUUGUGUAUUUGGGACUUAAAAAAUGUCACAGUAUUGAGCUGUUCAGUGGCUGGUAUACCAGAUGAUAACAUCUCUAAUAAGUUUCAGAUGAGUAUGAAUAUCAACUUGAUGUUUGGUGACCGAGAUUAUGAUAAACCUUGUGCUGCCAUUUCAAAGUUUGAUUUCACCUGUCCAUUUGAAAAAAGUUACUAUGACAGCGAUAUUGAUAUAUAUGUAACUAUGGUGGCCAAAAAUGAUGUUAAUGUCACCUCUGAAAAAAACUAUCAAAUUAUUCCGCUGGAUAAUGCAAAAUAUAAAGAAUUAAUCAUAGAAGUUGACAAAGUAACACCUGAAACCUGUACAUUAAUCCUAACAUUACCAGAUGAUUGGAACCUGAAUUUAGAGGACAUUUGUUUCCCACCGUGCCAAAUCACUAUUGAAAUCAGUUACAGUGAUUCUGUAAUCAAUUAUAAUUUCAUUGAAUCUGAACAGAUCAAUCAGCUCAUCAGCAUCAAUCGUAUGCACGAUAUCGGCAUUCAUCACCAUUAG